AUGUGUCUGAUCAAGAGAGUAACGACUCUCCGUUCAGAUGGCCACUCAGACAACAAGGAUAAAGUCUUCUACUGCAACAAGUCCAACGGGAUCCGACCAUGCGAUGACGCAAGAAUAGAGACCUCAGAACGCGGACCUGGAAAAUCCUCACAAGUGGCACUCCGUCCGGCGACAUCGACAAACAAUGAAGUCGUGCUGCACCAAGACGUCUCUCCGCGACGGCAGGAACCCAGGCCUGAACGUCGCUACUCCAGUGAGAGGAUCACCCCCACCUACUAUGCCGCCUACCAUCGUAGCACCACCACAUCGGCCCACACCUCCUCAGGGGCCAAGUGGUGCUGCUGUCACGUUUACUACCAAAGACACCGCUCCAUCGUCCUCAGGCGCACCGAGCAGGGUUUCAUCGUCCAGAAGCAAAGACGCUCGCAAAGCAGUGCAGGACCUGCCGCAGCAAAUCGUCUCUAUCCCUGCUCCAUCUGUGACGAGCAACAGAUCCCAUCGCUCGACAGCUGGCCUGACACGACUGCGCUUGGACUCCAAAACACAUUUCCGCGACUCAGCUUAUGGUUCGAGCAACAUAUCACCAAUCGACGCACCGAAAACGGAUACCAUGUCCGAGACCCGCAGCAACACUACAUCAGAGGGCAGCGCAAAUCAACGAUUCAACUACGCCAACGACAAAGCAGUGGUCAGAACAGGCAACCAUGA